AUGUCCUUCACCACAACAACAUCAACCUACAACACCACCACCAGACAUACUUUGUCGCGACGACCUGGCCGCAGCGGCAUAGCGACGGCAUCAACCCCGAACCUGAACCAACUGUAUACGUCGCAGCCCUCACGUUUAUUGCCCCCGGCGCUUUCGCGCAAGGGGUCGGUCGCUGCGCUGACGCAGAACUCGUUGGCCUCCAUCCCCGAUGACUCUGAAGGCUACGCAUACAACGCAUACAACUCGGACCUGACCAGCGACACCAUGCCCCCCAUGCCACACACCCCGGGCCGCUUCGGCGGCGGCGACGAGGUUACCAUCGGUGACACGGUCGACGUCCCAGGGAACAUGACGGGCACCGUCCGGUUUAUUGGAUCCGUCGCUGGGCGCAAGGGCAACUUCGCCGGCGUCGAGCUGCACCCCGACCAUGCGACCAGGGGGAAGAACAGCGGUGAUGUCGACGGCGUUUACUACUUCACGACAGAGCAACCGGGCGCCGGCAUAUUCCUCCCUCUAUCCAAGGCGGUCAAGCACGAGUCGCCCGCCGUGGCCGGCAACUCGUUCCCAAUCACACCAGCAAGCGGCGGUUUAAAAGUCGCGAACCAAAACUCCAUCAACUUCACACCACCGACCCCGGGCGGCGUGCCCAAGUUCAGCCAGUCCGUCGGCCCCGGCCGCGCCUCGAGCCCGCUGGGGAAAAAGACGCGUCCGUCGUUACCGCGUCCAGAGUCACCCGUAAGGAGGCUUAUGACACCAGGACCCCGCCCAUCCAUCGCCACGCCAGCACCGAAAACCGGACCGCCCAGGUUUGGUAGCCCAGUUUCGGGCAACAAGUUUGCCCAGAGCGUUCGCGGCACUGCUGGUGACCCUAGCAAACGGAUGCCGGCGGGGCAUAUGCGGAAAGCGAGUGUAGGGGUGGGGCCGCGUAGUGUCUCGGUCCUUGGGACCACCUCGAACCCGCAUUAUACCGACGAUGACACGACACCGAUUGGCAUACAGAGGACCCAGACGAACGGUAGUAUGGGUUCGGUCUCGUCCUUCUCGCUGAAGGUGCGGCCGGCGUCGAGGGCGAUGUCACGGGCUGGCAACCAUGCCAACGACGAAGAGCUGGAGAGACUCAGAUUACAGCUGGAGAACCGGGAUCAGCAACUCAAAGAGCAGGCCUCGACGCUGGCCGAGAUGGAGACAAGCUUGACAGAGCUCCAGGGGCUAAUCGAAAACUCGGAAGCGCAACUGGGACAGCGACGGAACAGCAUCGACGACAAGGACUCCGGGCAACUUCGGGCUUUGGUGAGAGAGAAGAACGAUAAGAUUGCCAUGCUCACGGCCGAGUUUGACGCCCACCGGGCCGAUUUCCGUAGCACGAUCGACACCCUAGAGAUGGCAAGCUCAGAGACGGAGAGGGUUUACGAGAAGAGGAUCGAGGAGUUGAUGCAAGAGAUCCAGGAGCUCCAAGAUAGGACCGCCGACGUCGACACCGUCGCGGCACAGUUGAAACAGCUGGAGGAGCUCGUGCAGGAGCUGGAAGAAGGCCUCGAAGACGCUAGGAGAGGCGAGGCCGAGGCACGGGGCGAGGUCGAGUUCCUCCGUGGGGAAGUAGAACGGACGCGCACCGAGCUGCGCCGAGAACGGGAAAAGGCUCAACCUGUGAACGGCGCUAACGGCGCCGCGAACAGCGGAUCUAUGUCCAAGGAGCUAGAACAGAAGGAGGACGAAAUCAGGGGUCUGAAAGCCAUCAUUCACUCGCUGAGCCGAGACUCGGUCCCCAACGACAACUCGGAUAGGACUCCCACUCAGCGUCAGUCCAUCCGCGCCUACCAGGGUGAGUCGAUCGAAGACCGCCUCACCCGUGAAAAGCUCGACCGUGAAGUCGCCGAGCUCCGCGCCCUAGUUGAGAGCAAGAACUCUCGAGAGGAGGACCUCGAGCGCGAGCUGGAGUCACUGCGCAGAGGCAGCGUCAUGACGGCCGUCGGGCCGGCCGGGCACCGCUCGAGCGCCAUGACUAUCGGGAGCACUGCAAACGACCGCAGCUCCAUCCGUGACUCGCGCGCGACCGUCAUCGCACCGCCCAGCAUCGGCAGCCCCGAGCCCCAGCAGCACAUGGGCCUAGCCCCGCUCAAGCACAACCGCGGCACCACGCUCGACACCAUGCCCGAGAGCGACACCUACAGCACGGCCACGGAGAACAGCACGCUCUGGUGCGAGAUCUGCGAGACCUCGGGCCACGACAUCCUGACGUGCACCAACGUCUUCGGACCGGACCAACACCAGCGGGACGACAGCAGCGACAACAACGACGCCAGCGCCACCCGCACCCAGACCAUCGAGGAGAGCGAGAGCGAAUACCACGAAGCGGGCAUCACCAGGCCCGCCCCGCUAUCCCCCCUCAAGUCGUCCAAGCCUACCCUCCCCAUCACCUCUCCCGACCCUACCCCGACCACCGCGACCGCCCCGACCUUUGCAGCAGCCUCGGGCCCCGCUCCGGCUCCGGCGCCGGCGCCGUCAGCUGGUUCUGCUACCUCCCCUGGCGCGAGGACCAUCCCCAACCCGAUGGAGUCGGGCCCCGUGGCCGGCAAGGAUAGCGGCGUGGUGGAUGCCAGCAAGUGGUGUGCGCUGUGCGAGCGCGACGGGCACGAUAGCGUGGACUGUCCCUUUGAGGACGCCUUCUAA